UGAUAUGUUAGACAUUCUAAGAUGUGAAGAAGGGCGACCCUUGUGGUGUUUAAAAAAACUGCAACAAGCGAUUUUGUAGUUGAGUUCGUCGAAAAUAAGAAAUGGCACGGGUUCACUUGCAUGCGGUUAGUUACAUAUUUUUCCAAAUGUACCUGUAGGCUAUACGAUUAACGAAAAUAAAUACGGGUGCGUGGGCUAUAACGAACGGCGGGCAGAUCUUCACAUAACUAUUUAAAUCGUAUAGUUUAAUGUUUGCAUGAGAAAUCAAAAUCAAUCACGCUGUUUAAUGCCCGAAAUGAACGAAAUAUGGAUGAUUAGAAAUACCUAUCAUUUAUCAUAAUUUAAAUUAUGAAAGUCUGGCUGCAUUCAUGCUUGAUGCCUGCCAGGUAACUUUUAAGAGGGAGCAGCAAUGUAAUGCAUUCAGUGCAUUUUUUCUUCUUCAAGCGUCAGACAGUAAUGCAGGAAACAUAUAUUUAACAAAAAUUUCAGAAAAGCCUCCACCACAACAUAUAAUAUCAAAUCUAUCAAUAUUUGUCCACUCUUUCUUUUGUGCACUCUGCUACCACUAUAAGUCUUUUGUGCUUCCAGUCAACAAAUUACAGCUGUCCUCCCAACAAAAGAUACCAAACGUGUCAAUGUUAUGUUAGAACCAUUUACAUUUAUUACAUUACAUUACAGGCAUUUGGCAGACGCUCUUAUCCAGAGCGACGUACAACAAAGGCAUUUGCCUUCAAAAAUGGCUCUAAUAUUCAAACAAACUACCCAAACACACCUUAGCUGCCUUGUAGAAUUCUGUGCCAUGUGCAUCUAAAAUGGCUAAAGGAGAUAUUUCUGAUGAGAUUAGAUAUAAUAAUUCAACUGCAUAAGGAAGGUGAAAGCUGAAAAGAAGUGUAAAAAACAGGAAUUUCCAAAACAGGGAACAGACAGAGAAAAAAUUACUCUUAACAACCAUGCAAGAACUGGUCGAACCACCAACACAAUCACCAUCAUAAAGACAGCACUUAAAGAUUUUGUCUUUGCGAGAUAGGAAAAAGUAAAGCUCCACUCUGGCUUCAGAUCCAAAGAAAUCCACAGGUGUUUCUGUCAAUCCUUCCACUGUGAGAAGACAACUCAAUGCUAUAGGUCUGAAAGAAUGUGCAGCUUUAAAAAAAAUAAAAUAAAAAAGCCACCACUGAAUAAGGAACUAAAAGGGAAAAAUAUUUUCACCAGUACCCCGGAACUGGACACCUAAGAUGUGAAGGUAGGUUUUAUGGGCUGAUGAGUCUAAAUUUGAGAUUUUCGGAAACAAUAGAAGGCAGUAUGUACGCCACCAAAGCAACGAAAGACACUUAGAACCAUGUCUGCAACCAUCAGCCAAUCAUAGUGGAAGAUCAGUGCAAGUUACAUAUCAUGCAAUACCCUCUGGACAAUGUUUUAUAUGGAGCAAAUUCAUGCAAGAUAAUGACCCCGAGCACACUGCUAGGAAGAUCAAGCUGCUGGUGUUCUCGGAACAAUGGACUGGUCGCCGCAGAGUCCAGACCACAACAUCACUGAAUUGUUUUGGGGUUACUUGGGUCGAGAGGGGCAGGAAAUGCAACCAACUCCUAAGACUGAACUUUGGAAGUGUUUACAAGAACAAUGGGAAAACAUCCCUGCAGAUUUCUUCAAGAACAAAGCAAGUAUCCCAAAAAGAAUGGGGGCUGUAAUAAAGGCAAAGGGUGGACACACUAAAUACUGAAAGAUUUGAUGAAAGAUUUGAUAUUGUGCAUAGUUGUGGAGAUUUUUGCAUUAAAUAUAUGUUUGCUGCAUCAUUUUCCGACAGUGAAAGAUAGCUAACUUGCACCGAAUCGCUGUUUUCAUUGGAAAGUAAAUAAAAGAGGGUGGGUCUCUGAUUUUUGCAGUGCUGUACAGUAAAUGGCGAAAUGUAAACUCUAAAUGAGGUUGGCCAACUUGUCAAGCCUACCACACCCCAAAUCCAUUUGUACAGCUGACACGUAGUAGACACAAGGCCGUAAUAGCCUACUUUCACCACUAAGUGAACAAAUUUAUUUUUCUUUAAUGAUUUUUUAACAGAACUGACUGCUGCAGUGUGGACAAUAUCCGUUACAUAGUGCAUUAGGCGGAGCUUUUAAGACUAAAUGGGUCAAUGUGUUAGUACACAGUAGCUCACAGGCAGUGCAGUGACGAGACAGAAUUCUCCUCAUAGAAAAGAUCUCUUCAAAUACAGGGGGACCAUGUCAGAUUUGGAGAACUCCAUUAUGACUAUAAUCCACAUGUUCCACAAGUAUUCCAAGAACAAAUCCACACUGAAGAAGACAGAUCUGAAGGAUCUAAUUAAUAACGAAAUGAGUCACUUCAUCAUGAACAUCCAGGAUAAGGAGACAUUGGACCAGGUAUUCACUGACCUGGACCAAAACGGAGACCUGGAGAUUGACUUCCAAGAAUUCAUAGCCUUGGUUGCCAUGGUUACAUCAGCAUGUCAUGACCUCACAAAGACCUGUUAGGGGGGAGUGGCUUGUGAGUUUCAGCGUGGUCAGGUGACUGACUUGGCCAGCCAAGAGUAUCCCCCCCCAAGAUGGCAUUCCCGGAAUUCCAGAAGCUUCUUCCAGGCAUCUUCCUGAGUGGCUGCAUGAGGUGCAGUGUGUCCACCCCAGCAAACCAUCACUGGGAGAGAAACAGGCCCCCACAUGCAUUAGUAUUUCCCACUCUUUAAGUGUACCCAUAGCUGUAAGCAAUGCCAAUAAACCCAGAUCCUACAAUGCCAAUAAAGAGAGUGACUCUAUAAAUGA